GACAAAAUUCAGUCGCCUAAGGAGAAUAAAGAUUAUCAUUUGAACAUGAAGGAGCCAGAUUUAGAUCCGAAGAAUAUUAUUAAAAGUAGAGAAUCGCUCUAUCGGCUUAUGAUCAGCCAACUUUUCUAUGAUGGUCACCAAACUUUGGCGGUUCAAUUGUCAAAUAUGAUACAAGCUGAGCCGCCUUGCCCACCUUCGGAUAGAUUGUUGCAUUUGAUGUUGAUCGGGGCUGCGCAUGAGCCGGAUCGUACAAAGAAAGAAGUGAAUAACCUACCGACAUUUUCUAAUGUCGAUAAUACUCUUGGUCCUGGAUUAGAUUUGGAAUUUGAAACAGAGGCUCAGACACAGGCACCAGAACCGGCACAGUAUGAAACGGCAUAUGUCACAUCGCAUAAAGGAAAUUGUAGAGCAGGAGCAUUUUCGGCAGAUGGGCAGCUAAUUGCCACAGGCUCUGUCGAUGCCUCGAUAAAGAUUUUAGAUGUUGACAGAAUGUUGGCCAAGUCUGCACCGGAUGAAAUGGCACCUGGUGAUCAAACUGGGGGGCAUCCGGUGAUCAGAACGCUGUACGAUCACUUGGAAGAGGUGACUUGCUUAGAGUUUCAUCCUAGGGAGCCAAUCCUUGUUUCUGGGAGCAGAGAUUUCUCAGUCAAGCUCUUCGACUUCAGUAAAGCCAGUGUUAAGAAAGCUUUUCGCACUAUAACAGACGCCGACCAGAUCAGAUGCUUGUCGUUCCAUCCGACUGGUGACUUUCUUGUUGUUGGUACGAAUCAUCCUGUCGUUAGAUUGUACGAUGUAAAUACGGCGCAGUGUUUUGUGUCUAGUAUACCAAGCCAUCAGCAUACAGCAGGUAUAACCAGUAUUAAAUACUCUCUGGACGGUAAGACUUAUGCCUCUGCUGGCAAGGAUGGAAGUAUUAAAUUAUGGGACGGUGUAUCCAAUCGAUGUAUAAAUACUUUUGUCAAAGCACACGACGGGUACGAGGUUUGCUCCGUGACGUUUACAAGAAAUGGAAAGUAUUUACUGUCAUCUGGAAAAGAUUCUUUGAUUAAAUUAUGGGAACUGUCAACAAGCAGAUGUUUGAUCGCUUACACAGGUGCUGGUACAACAGGAAAACAGGAGCACAAAGCUCAAGCAAUAUUUAAUCACACUGAAGACUAUGUGAUGUUUCCGGACGAGGCUACAACUUCUCUUUGUGCUUGGAAUUCCCGAAAUGCAUCCAGAAAGCAGCUUUUGUCAUUGGGUCACAACGGCCCUGUCCGUUUAAUUGUACAUUCUCCGACUGCUCCAGCUUUCUUAACAUGCAGCGAUGACUUUAGAGCAAGGUUUUGGUUCAGGCGAAUGCCUACGCAUUGAGAUGCGAUUACCAAAACUUAAAUUAGGACCUUACCUUAUUUAUCACGGGAACAUAAAGAUUGUAAGGAAAUUGCACCCUUCGACAUUGAAGGUAUUGAUAUAUCUUUGUACAUUAGAAUUAAGAUUGCCAUAAAAUCAAUGUCUUUUUGUUCAUUUAAUUUCUGAUUCGAAACUGAUUUGCUACAUUUAUUAAUUAUUUUCGCUUUUUAAAAGACCCAAUUCUCGGCCGGAGUAUGUAUAUGAAUCUUAAUUUCGGCAUUAAUUGCUGAAUUGAAUACAGAUAAAGCUUUGGAUUCAUUCCAGUUAUGUAGACAAGAUGAAAAUGGGGAAAAGACCGAAAACUUUGACCGAAAAAUACAUUUUUUCUGAUUUCCCUCCUCAUCUAUUUUAGCAGCCAACUUUUCUAUAAAUAAAAUGCAACUAUUUGAGAUUGAAAAAGAAAUACAAUUAUUCCUAGGAAUAAUCAAUAUCUCAAUUCAAAAAUUCGAAAUUAUUUCUUUCC